UUGGGACCACUCUAGAGCAGCCAAGGGGGUGAGGAUUUACAGUCUGUGCCUAACUUCCACUGCACAUCUUGUAGGAGAGAGAACAGCUGCAGCCGAGUUUCAGAAAAGGAGGCUGUUGAAAAAAGGAAACUUCUGAGUUAAUCUGCUCAAGUACAACAAAUAGUAUUAUGGCAAUAGUCCUGCAAUCCAGCCCUCUACUAUGGACACGGCUGGCAGCCCUGGCUUUCUCAUGUGUGACCUUCUCUGUGGCCAUACAUGGUGGCAGAGUGGGCCACAGCACAGGAGACUGGUGCAUCUUCUGCUGGACCUUUAGCUUCGCCGGCACGUUGCUCGUCCUCCUUGUGGAGCUGUUCGGCCUCCAGGCCAGAGCCCCUGUUUCGUGGAAGAACUUCCCAAUCACGUUUGCCUGCUACGCCGCUCUUCUCUGUUUGUCCGCCUCCAUCAUCUUCCCUCUGUACUACCUCAAAGACUCCCAUGGGCCCAGUGAAAUACGUGACUUCCGUAUAGUGUCAACUGUCUUCUCUUGCCUGGCCACCAUCGCCUACAUGACCGAAGUGAGCAUCAGCAAGGCGCGGCCCGGUGAGGUUGCCGGCUACAUGGCCACAGCUCCCGGUCUACUCAAAGUCUGCCAGACCUUUGUGGCUUGCAUCAUCUUUGUUUUUGUCACUGAUCCUGUGUUGUAUGACCGACAUGAUUCUUUAAAGUACUGCAUGUCUGUCUAUUGCAUCUGCUUCAUCUUGUCAGCCGCCAUCAUCCUGCUCUGCAUUGCAGAGCUGACGGGCUACCUCCCCUUCCCUUUCGCUCGUUUCUUAUCAGCCUAUGCCCUGCUGGCCGUGGUCCUGUAUUUGUCAGCAACCAUCAUCUGGCCCAUCUUCAACUUUGACCCGAAGCACGGAGGACAAAAACAGAGGCCUUCCAACUGCAACACAAGUUUUGGGUUGUGUGUGUGGGAUAAGACUGUGGCGGUGUCUGUGCUCACCACGGUCAAUUUCAUCCUCUACCUGGCUGACCUCAUUUACUCCACUCGCCUGGUGUUUGUCAGUUCUUAAGGGGGGCAGCAAGGGCCACCGGCACUGUGCUCCACAUAAAAUUGAGUUUGGCCAUUUCUUUGAAAGCUGUAGAACUGCUGUUGAAUAUAGUGCUGGCUGGUAAUUGGUGGGUCCAACCGCUGGUCCUGAAUGGAACUGUAGUAACAAUGCGUGACUGGAAAUCAGGUUUAAAAAAUGUGGUCAAAAACUAAAUUUUACACUUUUAAGUGCCUUCAAAUAGUUUUUUAUAUGCCAAAUUUAAUCUUUAUUAUGAAGUAUAGUGCGAUGCUUUGGGAUGAAAAUGUAGUCAAAAUGCUCUGUACAUGGAAAACAACAACUCUCAUACCAGUGAAGCUUCAUGUUUUGUUUCCAUUGGCAUUUGAAGGGGACACUCCCAUGUGUGGCUGCUGGAAUACACUUACGCUACGGUCACAUAUACAAAUGCCACCGGGCGUUGGGGAGGCAUCGGCAGAUUCUUUGACGUUUAGAUGCCGCCGCCCAAUUUGUUUGAAAAUCGUUGGUGCGGUCAUGAAUGCUGACGGUGGCUGUCAGGCAACAGUCAGUCAAGCGGGUGGCAGCCAAAUCGCCAGCCGGCAGCAGCUCUGAUUGGACGAUUUGCAAAUGUGUCCGGACGGCAGUCGUCAAUAUCAAGUGCCACCAGCCGCCAGCAGCCAGGUAGCCAGGGGGAAAUAAAAAGUGGCCCAUUUUGCACCACUGUUCAUUCACUACUCAGAUUUUGAGCACACACUAUAAUCUUAUCAUUUUCUCCAAUUUAUAAAAUAUUUAGACAACAUGCCUCCCAAGAACACACAAUGUUCUUUCUUCUUCGUAUUCUUCUCUGAAUCCACCGCAUCCGUCAAGAUGCAGGUCCCAGAGUCGCUGUGGUGCUAUCAACACCAUGAUGAGUCUUUUUCAUCAAUGUCGUCUCUCCAUUUUCUAAUGGUGCCUGGGAUUGCCAGAUUGUUAACGGCCCUCGUCGCUGCUACCGUAUGAUUUCUAACAAUUUGACGAUGACAUUGGGACGGGAGAACAGGGGCAGGGGGGUGGCAGUCUUAAAUCAGCCAAUCAUCAGAUGAUAUCGGGGACCUUGAAGAUCCUCCUAUCAGUUAAUGAUCCCACUGCUGCCUUCCUGCCACAUGCCUGUCACUGGACUGCAUCCGCCAUGGCCACCUGACGAUUUUGCGGAAAAAGCGUGCAGUGGCAUUUUGGCAUAUGUGACUGUAGUCUUACAAACACAAACAUUUAUAAUCGGUUCAAAUAUUUUGUCUAACAAUGUGUUUGUAAGUGUGCUUUUAUGUAAGAUUAUUUCAUACACAAAAUAAAAAUGUUGCACUUCACCUAAGAUGCAAAAUACAACAUUUUUUAGAUGAGCAAAUCACAAAACAUCAGUAAACUUAGUAAGAUACAAAAAAAAACAAGAAUCGAGUGGCACAAAAAAAGCAACAACACUCUAAACUAUAAACUAAGGUUUAAAAAACACAACAAAAACACAACAAAGAAAUGAAUGGCAACAUAGAAGUUUAGAGUAAGUCUGAAGCAAAUGAAAACAGUUUCAAAAAGCAAAAGUCCUUUAAAAAUGACAUUUUUAAAGUAGUUUUCUGAAAUUCUUCACAUUUGUGUCAUUGUGGUGGUGUAUUUGUGUUGACAUUUGCAACUUUAGAUGAAUAUGGAGUCAAAACCUACUAUUUCUUCAGUGGACUUUACCAUUGAGCGGUAAAAAACAAAAGAAAAUCUGUUUAUGUUGUUAUUAUGAAGAGACAAUCCUGUCAUUAAUAUUAUAUCAUUCACUGUUUUAGAAUAUUUCAUUUUGCAGUAUUACUUUGUCUAAGAGCAGCUAAAAUGUAAUCGCUUGAAAGUCAUUUUUGCAUCAAUGCUAUGCUAGCUUGCUUCCAUGGUUAUGUUUAUCUAAAAUCUACAACAUCAAAUAUGUGUUGAGAUGAUAAUAAAAGUCAGUACAAUGAUCA